AUGGGCCGCGGGGACAACCAAAUGCCGAGCAUCUGCUUCGACGACGACUGUCAGGUGCGCGUGCUGGACAAGGACAGCAUCACGCGCACGCAGGAGCUCGAGCAGGAGUGCAACCAGUUUGCAACAAAGCUCGAGGAGUUCCAUGAGAUCGUUAAGGGUGUGCUGGAGGCAAUCGUUCAGCGCAACCGCGUGGACAGCGAGGUGGAGAAUCGGAAUCGCCAGAAGCAGAUGCUGAAGCUGCUGAUCAAAGAGAAGAAGACAGAGCUGGAACGAUACAACCUCCAGUUCCAGUCGCUGAGCAAGAUCGCCGACGAGCAGCAAGCGCUCAUGGACAAGCUCAGCAACAACGAGGCGUAG